AUGAGCCGCCCGGUGCUGGCAUGGCUGGUGCUCUGCGGGAGCCUGGCGGCGCCGCGCCUCGCCCGAGGGGAUGUGUGUGACUCCAACCCAUGCAAAAAUGGUGGCAUCUGUCUUUCGGGGCUCAAUGAUGACUUCUACUCAUGCGAAUGUCCUGAAGGCUUCACAGACCCAAACUGCUCUAGUGUUGUGGAGGUUGCCUCAGUUGAAGAGGAACCAACUCCAGAAGGACCCUGCCUUCCUAAUCCAUGUCAUAAUGGUGGGAUAUGUGAAAUUAGUGAAGCGUACCGAGGCGACACGUUCAUAGGAUAUGUUUGUAAAUGUCCAGAGGGAUUUAAUGGGAUUCACUGCCAGCACAAUGUAAAUGAAUGUGAAGCUGAACCCUGCAAGAAUGGUGGAAUCUGUACAGAUCUCGUUGCCAACUAUUCCUGUGAAUGUCCUGGUGAAUUUAUGGGAAGAAACUGUCAACAGAGAUGCUCUGGCCCACUAGGGAUAGAAGGAGGGAUUGUGUCAAACCAACAAAUUACUGCAUCAUCCACCCAUCGAGCUCUUUUCGGACUCCAGAAAUGGUAUCCAUACUAUGCACGACUUAAUAAGAAGGGUCUUGUGAAUGCUUGGACUGCUGCAGAAAAUGACAGAUGGCCAUGGAUUCAGAUAAACCUACAGAAGAAGAUGAGAGUCACUGGAGUUAUAACUCAAGGUGCCAAGAGGAUUGGAAGUCCAGAAUAUGUAAAAUCUUACAAAAUUGCAUACAGUAAUGAUGGGAAGUCGUGGACGAUGUACAAAGUAAAAGGCACAAAUGAAGAUAUGGUGUUUCGUGGAAAUGUGGACAAUAACACCCCAUAUGCUAACUCCUUCACCCCUCCAAUCAAGUCUCAGUACAUACGGCUGUAUCCUCAGGUGUGCAGAAGACACUGCACUUUGAGAAUGGAACUCCUUGGCUGUGAACUGUCAGGAUGCUCUGAACCCCUGGGGAUGAAAUCAGGACAUAUACAGGACUUCCAAAUUACUGCCUCCAGUGUUUUCCGUACACUCAACAUGGACAUGUUUGCUUGGGAGCCCAGGAAAGCCCGGCUGGACAAGCAAGGCAAAGUUAAUGCCUGGACCUCUGGACACAAUGACCAGUCACAGUGGUUGCAGGUCGACCUGCUUGUCCCUACAAAGAUCACUGGUAUCAUUACCCAAGGAGCUAAAGAUUUUGGUCAUGUCCAGUUUGUGGGGUCCUACAAGCUUGCUUACAGUAAUGAUGGGGAGCACUGGAUCAUAUACCAAGAUGAAAAACAAAAGAAGGAUAAGGUUUUCCAGGGAAAUUUUGAUAAUGACACUCACCGUAAGAACGUCAUCGACCCUCCGAUCUACGCCCGGCACGUUCGCAUCCUCCCGUGGUCGUGGUACGGCAGGAUCACCCUGCGGUCGGAGCUGCUGGGCUGCGCAGCGGAGGACUGA